AUGGCAGUGAAGACAGCGGAGUUGCACGACAGCAAGAGCUUGAAGCGGGAAACACGGGUAUUGAAGAAACUCAAAGGCAAUCCGUAUAUCGUCGAGUGUUGCGGCGCGGAUAUCAGUCAUGAAGGCGAUGCCAGAUCCAAGUACUACAACCUCUUGAUGGAAUAUGCCAACCGUGGAACGCUCAAUAGGUUGAUGAAUUCGUACAACAAAGGCGAAUUGCCGGAAUCCCAUCUAGCGUGUUACGCCUUCAUGUUGUUGAAGGGGAUCUCUUCUAUCCACAAGAAGGGUAUAAUUCAUUGUGAUCUAAAACCCGAUAAUGUGCUGGUUUUCAAUGAUCAUGAGGGCUACAACUUUCUCAAACUCGCUGAUUUCGGGGUGAGUAAGUCGAAGGACGGCGAGAACAUUUAUGGAGUCCGAGGAGCAACGCAUGCUUCGGCGCCCGAAAUGCGGAUCAAUAGAGAACAGAAGCUUCUAAGGCUUGAGAUUCCUGAUUACGUUUCUCCAUCUGGGAAAGAUUUCGUGACGAGAUGUCUACAAUUCGAUGCGAAUAAUUCGAGGUGGACGGCUGACGAGCUUCUGGAGCAUCCGUUUAUCCAAGAAAACCUCAGGGGAAUGAUUCCAACUCUGGACUUGAGGCAGAGUGAGUUGACCAAGAGAUCAAGCAACAAUCCUUUAUCCGGUUCGCAGAGCCUCACAAAAGAGCUGUUUGGCCAAAUCCAAAGCAAGCAAAUGCUGCUGCCUCAUCAGUUAUGUCCACUUUCUAUAAGGAUCGCUGCUGAAGGUGGAAAAAUGAGGUUUCUUUGGCUUUUGAUGCUAAUAAGAACUAUUGGGUCUAGUGGGCAUCUUUCCAGAAAUGUUACUACAAAUGUGUCCGGAAGACCGAGUUUUGUGAAUAUUGGGUCCACACUAACAUUGGAUUCAUUUAUCGGCAAAGCUGCAAAAGUUGCCAUGGACGCAGCAGUGGAAGAUGUGAACAUCAAUUUAGCAGUUCUUUCAGGAACCAAGCUAAACGUAACAACUUUUGACAGCGGUCAUAGUGGAUUCCUAGGCAUCGUUGAGGGUAAUCACCUCGUAACAUUGUUGCUGAUAAAGUUCUCAAAAUAA